UCACUUUUGGUUGACAGUCGCGAUUGACGCUGCGACUGUCGCAACACUGAUUGUAUUGUUUAAUUAAAUUUCAUGAAUAUUGCUACAAAGCAGAACGAAGCGACCAUAGUAAAUGUUGCUCAAAACAAGCAAAAACAUUGGAACACAAAGCAACAAAGUUCGUCAAAGCGCCCAACAAACAACACACAGACACACACAUACACAGAGACAGACACACACAUACGCACACACGUAAAUAAAUAGCAUUCAGAUGGAGAAGAGAACAAUGGGCGGCUCGUCGGUGCAGGUGAUCAAAGCAUCCGAGGAACACACAUUUGUCCUCGACGAGGAUGCGCUCAGCGAGGUGUUGAUGCGGGACGAGGUCAAGGAUCGCUAUGUGUGCGUCGUCUCUGUGGCGGGUGCAUUCCGCAAGGGCAAAAGUUUUCUGCUCGACUUCUUUCUACGCUACAUGUACUCAAAGUAUGUGCGACAUGAUGUCACAGAUUGGCUGGGCGAUGAGGCGGAUCCGCUGUCGGGUUUCUCGUGGCGCGGUGGAUCGGAACGUGAAACGACCGGCAUACUGAUGUGGUCCGAUAUAUUCCUGCACGAUUAUCCCAAUGGCGAUAAGAUUGCGAUCAUAUUGAUGGACACACAGGGCGCCUUCGAUAGCCAGAGCACUGUGCGCGACUGUGCGACAGUGUUCGCAUUGAGCACAAUGCUGUCCUCGGUACAGAUAUACAAUCUCUCACAGAAUAUACAGGAGGACGAUCUGCAGCAUCUGCAGCUAUUCACCGAAUACGGCCGCCUGGCGCUGGCCGACACCGGCAAGAAGCCAUUCCAGCGUCUCCAAUUUUUGGUCCGCGACUGGAGUUUCCCCUACGAGGCCGAGUAUGGAGCUGUCGGUGGCGAUAAGAUACUUAAGCGACGGUUGGAGGUGUCGGAUAAACAGCAUCCGGAAUUGCAAUCGCUGCGACGACACAUCUCAUCGUGUUUCACGGAGGUGGCAUGCUUCCUGAUGCCACAUCCGGGUCUCAAUGUUGCCACAAAUCCGCAAUUCGAUGGCCGGCUCAAGGAUAUUACGCCCGAUUUCAAGAACAGCCUGCGUACGCUAGUUCCCAUGCUGCUCGCACCCGACAAUCUGGUGUACAAGGAGAUUAGCGGACAGCGUGUGAGAGCCCGUGAUCUCAUCCAGUACUUCCAGUCAUACAUGACCAUCUACAAGGGCAACGAGCUGCCUGAACCGAAGAGCAUGCUGGUGGCCACUGCGGAGGCGAAUCACCUAACUGCCGUUGCGUCUGCCAAGGAGCUGUACAAUCAGCUCAUGGAGGAGGUGUGCGGCGGCACCCGGCCCUACUUAAGCACCGCACAUCUGGAGACGGAGCAUAUGCGCGUAAAGGACAAGGCACUGUUUCAGUUCGCCGCCAAACGCAAAAUGGGCGGUGAGGAGUUCACGGAGAAGUUUCGGGUGCAACUGGACGCCGAUCUGGAGGACGUAUUCUUCAACUAUCGGGCACACAACGAAAGCAAAAACAUCUUCAAGGCUGCACGCACGCCCGCCGUCUACUUUGCCUGCGCCGUCAUCAUGUAUGUGGUCAGCGGCAUCUUUGGACUCGUCGGACUCUAUACAUUUGCCAAUUUCUGUAAUCUGGUCAUGGGUGUGGCGCUGCUAACACUGGCACUCUGGGCCUACAUAAGAUAUAGCGGCGAGCUGAGCGACUUUGGUGGCAAGCUGGACGACUUUGCCACGCUCAUGUGGGAGAAUUUCAUGCGGCCGAUCUAUCAGGGUUGCAUGGAGAAGGGCAUUCAACAUGUUGCCACGCAUGCGGCUGAAGCGGCAAUUGGCGGCAGUGGCAGCAGUGGAAAGCGUUCGACAACAGCUGCUGCUGCCAAUGGCAAGUUGAAGCGUUCAUGAGAAUACGCCCAAGUAGCACAACACAAAACGAAGCCGCCUCCCGGGACACACGAGCAACAAACGACAACUGCAACUAACAACAACAACAAUAAUAACAACAACAGCAAGAAGAAGAGCAACAACAACAAUUUUGCAACGUGCAAAUCAAAUAAGAAUAGCAGCAACAACAAUAGUGGCUUCCUCAGCAGCAUUUGGGGCAAGUUGAGCGGAGCCAUACCUGCUGUGGCAACCAAAUCGUCGAGCAGCUGUUCCGCCUCCGCCUCGGCCACAAACUCCACAUCCACAGCCUCCACAAGCAGUCGCAAAAAACGUAAAUCGAAACGCAAUUAAUUAAGUGGCCACAAUUAUCAAAUUUAGAAUUGUCGUUUGAUUUGUAUAAAUUUAAGUCCAAAACAAACAAAAAAUAUGAAUUGAAACAACAAAAAAAAAGUGAAAAACUAGCUAUUAAUUGCCCUACAAGGAAUAUUGUUUUUUUAUAUUACAUACACUAAUUUAAUAGCUCAGCGCAGCGCGAAGUAAUACAUAACUAUAUAUAAUAAUAAUAAUAAUAAUAUACUAAGUAAGUGGCUCGUAUUUGUUGAAAAUCAAAUUUUAAAUUGUUUUUUAUAUGCAUCUAUAUAUAUAUGUACCUAUAUUGGAAGGAAAUCUUGAGACCCGAUCUUUAAUGCUGUAAUAUAAAGAAAAUUGCUAACGAAUUUAAACUUGUUUAAUUUCCCCUCUCCCAUUAUUAUUAUGUGAACAAUCCUAAUUCUUGCCCCACGCACGUUUUGCUGUAGAAAUAUAAAAACAAAAGCAAUUUUGAUAUGUAUAAAAGAAAUAAAAUGCACUUUGUUGUUGGCUCGUUUGUAAAACGUACUCAAAUCAUAUUUUUCCAUUAUUGUUUCUCAGCUUAUGUAGGAAACCUUUAAAAAAAAACAAAAAAAAAACUGAAAAUCAACAAAAAUCAUUGCCAUCUACACAAAGUCUCAUUGUUGGUAAAGGUCCUUUAUUAUUAUUGUAGUAAGAGUAAAUACGUUUUGAAUAUAUUUUAAGCAAUAUACAUAUAUUAAAGUGUAUGAUAAAUAGCUUACUAGCAUUUAUAUAUUCGUCAAGUGAAAGCAAAAUACAUCGAUUUCUUUCAUCUUUUUUGAAA